AUGGCAGAACAAAUAACCUCCCAGGAGGCUGAUAUCACCAAGACUGAGAUGAAUGUCAACAUCGAGGGCCAGCAAGAGGAGAAGCCGGUCGGCUAUGGCACAGAUGGAGAGAUGAGUCCUGAAGCUGUUCCGGAUGAGAAUGCACAGGACGGCGUGAGAAAUAGCGGAAGCGAUGACUCUCUCGUGGUCGAAGUCUUCGCUGAUCAUCGUCUACAUUUGGUAGGUAGUCGUAUCCUGGUCGCUGAGACCUGUAUGUGGCUACUUUACUUCAGUAAUGCCUUUGAGGCAUCGCUAUCGUACAACCUGGAUCCCUUUGUGUCCAGCGCAUUCCAAGAUCACUCGCUACUUCCAGUGAUCUCUGUCGUGGCCAAUGUGAUGGCUGGUGCCACAUACCUGCCGGUUGCCAAGAUUCUGAAUUUGUGGGAUCGAACCGUCGGCUUCGUUCUAAUGAUGGCUAUUGCUACCCUGGGAAUGGUGCUCAUGGCAGCUUGCAACAGCUUCGAGCUUUACGCUGCUGCGAACAUCUUCUACUCGGUUGGCUUCACGGGCAUGAUCUUUUGUAUUGACGUGGUCACCGCCGAUACUUCCUCUCUUCGCAAUCGUGGUCUUGCCUAUGCCUUGACUUCUUCACCUUACAUUAUUACCGCAUUCGGUGGCCCAAAGGCAGCAGAGUCCGUAUAUGCCAUUAACUGGCGCUGGGGAUAUGGUGCUUGGGCCAUUGUUCUUCCCGUGGUAGCUACUCCCAUGAUUGUCAUGAUGCAGCUUGGUAAGAGAAAAGCGAAGAAGAGGGGACUGGUUCUUAAAAAGCCCAGCGGUCGUACUUGGACCGAAAGUCUGGUUUACUACUUGAUUGAGUUUGACAUCGUUGGAGUCUUUCUUUUGUGCGCUGGAUUCGUCCUCUUUCUGCUGCCAUUCACUCUCGCCGCUUCAUCUGCCGAAGCUUGGAGGUCCGCCCAUAUUAUCGCCAUGCUGGUCGUGGGUUUCGUCCUGAUCGUCGCUUUCGGCUUGUGGGAAAAAUUCGGUGCCCGCCACCCCUUCGUGCCAUGGCACCUCUUGAAGGACCGUACUGUAAUCGGUGCUUGCUUGUUGGAUGCCAGCUACCAGAUUGCCUACUACUGCUGGAACUACUACUUCACCUCUUACUUGCAGGUUGUCUACAACACCUCACUUGCAUCUGCCGGUUACAUCUCGAGCAUCUUUGACAUCAUCUCUGGUGUUGAGCUUUUUGCCGUUGGUCUUCUAAUUAGCUACACCGGUCAUUUCAAGUGGGUAUUGAUGUGGGGUGUGCCGCUGUACAUGCUCGGUGUUGGCUUGAUGAUCUACUUCCGAAACCCCGGCUUCGAUUUGGGCUAUAUCAUCAUGUGUCAGGUCUUCAUUGCCCUGGGUGGUGGUGUUAUUAUCAUUGGUGAGCAAGUAGCUGUCAUGGCUGCUGCUGGCCAUGAUGAUGUGGCUGCACUUUUGGCACUGCUGGGUCUGUUUGGAACUAUUGGUGGCUCCAUCGGUGGAAGUAUCUCAGGCGCUAUUUGGACCAACACCCUGCCGGGUAUGCUCCAGUCGAUGCUUCCUGAUGACACUGUUGGUCAAUGGCAGGAGAUCUACGAUGACCUUUCGUUACAGCUGAGCUACCCUAUGGGCUCUCCCACCAGAGUGGCUCUUCAGUACGCCUAUGCGGCUACCCAGAAGCGAAUGCUGAUUGCUGGUACAGCUGUCAUGGCCCUGAGUUUGGGCUUCAUGAUGAUGAUCCGUGACAUCAAUGUCAGGAAGAUCCAGCAAACCAAGGGCUUGGUCUUCUGA